AGGUACCUUUAACUUUUUGAAGUAAUUAUUUCAAAGUUUUAGUUUUAUCUUUUGCUAUUGUAAUUUUGUUACCGGAGAUACCUAACAAUUUAAAAAUGGUUUUAAAGUUGUAUUUAGAUUUGAUGUCCCAGCCAUCAAGAGCAUUAUACAUUUUAUUCAAAAGUGCGAAGUGCGAUUUUGAAAAAAAGUUAGUUGACUUGAGAAAAGGUGAACAUUUUACUGAUGAGUUUACGGCAAUAAAUAGACUUCAAAAAGUUCCAGUUAUUGAACAUGAUGGAUUUAUUUUGACUGAAAGUGUUGCAAUAAUCAAAUAUCUGUCCCGCGAGAAUCUUAUACCAGAUGUCUUGUACCCCAAGGAAAGCAAGUUGCAGGCAAGGAUUGAUGAGUUUUUGGAAUGGCAACACCUUGGAUUAAGACAACAUUGCGCAAUGUUCUUCAGAGUCAAGAUUCUGGACCCAACUUUUACGGGUAAAGCGCCAGAUGUUAAAACUCUGUUGGGCUAUGAAAAGAGGAUGAUAUCCGCCUUGGAAACGUUUGAAAAGCAUUGGCUUCAAAAUGGUACCCAGUUUGUUGCCGGUGACACCAUCACUGUGGCAGACUUGCUGGCGGCAUGCGAGUUGGAGCAACCAAGAGCUGCAGGCUACGAACCUGCUGAUAACUUUAAGGGUAUAUCAACAUGGUGGAAGAAGGUUCCAGAACAUUUCAACCCUUACUACGACGAGGCACACGUGGUUAUUAACAAAGUUACCGAAAAAAAUAAGCUAGCUGCAAAGCUGUGAUGAAAAAUAUUAAAUAUGUUAGACGUAAUAUAAUAAUGGUGUGUGGUUUGGUAAAUAAACUCUAAAAUAGGAAAAACAAAAAAAAGCCGUACACUUUUAUGUCAUUACGCGCAACAGGCUCGACUUCCGUAAAAACUGGCAUUCAAGCACAAAAAAUAAACUUAAAUCCUCGUUAUUUUAAAGUUCUCUUUUAUACUAGAAUUGCUUUUGUGCAUAAGUGUUUAUAGGUUAACCAUACGUGACAGCAGGAGAAAAGUAAACAUCGUAAAUUUCUGUAGUCACAGUAAAGUUUUCUAUAAAAUUCCCGUUUAGUAGUCUUUUAAUGCAUUUUCAUCCUCGAAAGCGAAAGUUCUUUUUAUGCACUUGUAAACAAAACUAAUUCUUUUAUUUUCAAAUUCGUCGCGAUUUCUUUGGAAGGAUUAUAUUUAAUCGUUUCGUAUAGACAUCUGAUGGUCGACCCUCAGUAGACAAUUUUACGAUUGCAUUCGAAUAUGUGCAAUUAUAUUAUUAGUUAAAGAUUUUUUUUACAGUAAUGAACAUUAAAUUUGCAUUCCUCAUUGCAAUAAUAUUAGGCUUAAGCUGGUAUUAUUUGUCCUGUACAUAAUUUGCACUCUGCGCAAGGAAGCCUUCUAGAGCUCUUUACCUGAAGCAGGGUAGACGUCUGAGUAGGCGGGGUAGGCGGAACAAUAGUAAAAUAAAAUUAGUUUAGAAAUCACUUAUAUAUAAAAAGAGCCAUUAGGUUUAUUCUUGCCUGGGAGCCUCUUUACCUCGUAGAAGCUUAUUAGGGGCAUAUUGAUUUAAUAUAACUUCCAUUACCCUAACAGGUUUGCCAACUAUCAUGUUAGACUUAUUAUCAAUUAAUAUUAGGUGAUAUUACAAUCAAGGGCUAACCACUUGUGAAAUAAUAAAAUAAAACUCAAUUAAAUGUUUGAUACUCGAAAACGCCCCAAGCUCGCACGGCUGCAAGUUGUGUACUACCUGAAGAAUGUAAAAUAUGAUACGUUAUGUAUAUAAAUUUAUACAAUCUUAGUAAAAAAAUUAUACAAAGUUUAAUUAAUUGUAAUUUUAUAUUAAAAGGUGU